CUUUUUUUCACCAACCAAAAAGGAGAAGGGAAGGGAAGCAGAAGACCGGGUACUUGCAACAGACCAAACAAAAGGACCCAAGAAAAAGGCCAGCACUCAGGAAGGAGAGAGGGAGGGAGGGAGAUCUGCGGGGCGACGCGUUGCGGUUUUCCGGCGGCAAGGUUCGAUUUUGAUCCCAGCCCACCCCGGAUUCCCCGCCCCGGUUCGUCCCUGCCCAACUCGCGCCGCUUCCACUCAAGUGCUCCAAGAAGAUCCCGAUUUCCGUUGCAGUUGUGGAGUCCCAGUUCCAGUGGUCGUUGCCGCCGGUUCCUGGCCACGCGCUCCCUGAUUCGGAAGUUGCUGGAGCGGAGGGGGACUUCCUCCGGCUCCCGAGUGUCUGCCUUCUGAUUUGGAUCUGCGGAGGAGCCCGGAUUGGCGCUCCAACUUGGGGAGCAAUGAGGGCCUGAUGCGGGAGAAAGUUUCUUCAAGUCGUCGUCUUGAUUCUCUUGGAGUAGGGUUUCCUGCCGGGAUCCUUAUCCCAUGGGAUGCGUCAGUUCGAAGCAAUUCCAUGGCGGCGACGAGUGUGGCGGCGAGGGGAAGCCUCGCCGCCGCCCAUCCAGCAACUCGCUGAGGCGUCUGGUUAGUUACAACUCCAGCAAGAGGCACGAGGACUUGGAGGAGGAUGAAGAAGAAGGGGGAGUUGUGGCAGCCACGUCCUCCAGCGUGGGGCACCGUGUUGCCAAAGAUGCCAGCACGGCCAGGCUGAUUCGGAAGCCCCCUGCGCCGGUGGUCGAUGCAGUGGUGCCGCUGCCAGAGGAAGUGGCCGCAACCGCCGCUAGCGUUGUCGAUGUGGAGAGGGCGGUUGCUGCCCCUGUGAAUCGCAGGCGUGCUCCAAAUGGCGUCGCAGAGCAAGAACCAAGGAGUGGUGGCAUCAGGGGUGAGGUGAAGCCAAGGAUCAUAGAUGUGCCGAAUGGAGUGGUGGGGGAGCAUGUGGCGGCUGGCUGGCCGAGGUGGCUUACGGAGGUGGCAACAGAGGCGGUCCGUGGGUGGCAGCCUCGCAAGGCAGAGUCCUUCGAGAAGUUGGACAAGAUAGGGCAAGGUACCUACAGCAGCGUUUACAAAGCACGCGAUCUUGAGAAUGGAAAAAUUGUGGCACUUAAGAAAGUUCGAUUUGCCAAUAUGGAUCCUGAGAGUGUUCGAUUUAUGGCGAGGGAAAUUCACAUCUUAAGAAGACUUGAUAAUCCAAAUGUUAUUAAGCUCGAAGGUUUGGUGACAUCACGCAUGUCUAGUAGCUUGUAUCUCGUGUUCGAAUACAUGGAGCAUGAUCUUGCAGGACUUGCUGCUACACCUGGCAUAAAAUUCACAGAGGCUCAGGUCAAGUGUUACAUGCACCAACUACUGUCUGGACUUGGUCACUGUCAUAGUCGUGGUGUUUUGCAUCGGGAUAUAAAGGGUGCUAAUCUUCUGCUUGACAAUAAUGGUGCCCUCAAAAUAGCAGAUUUUGGUCUAGCUACAUUCUUUAAUCCGAACCAAAAGCAGAAUUUGACAAGUCGUGUUGUAACUUUAUGGUACCGGCCCCCGGAACUUUUGUUGGGUGCUACUAACUAUGGUGCCACGGUUGAUCUCUGGAGUGCUGGUUGCAUCCUUGCGGAAUUGCUGUCAGGGAAGCCUAUCAUGCCAGGACGAACUGAGGUGGAACAGUUGCACAAAAUAUUCAAGCUUUGUGGUUCACCAUCAGAGGAGUUCUGGGCUAAUUUGAAGUUAUCGCGUGCUACCAUCUUCAAACCACAACAUCCGUAUCGUCGUUGUGUGAAUGAUGUAUAUAAGGACUUCCCUCCUUCAGCUUUGGCACUUCUGGAUCGUUUACUUGCUGUAGAACCUGAUAAUAGGGGUACUGCGGCGUCUGCCCUUGAAAGUGAAUUCUUUACAACAAAGCCUUAUGCUUGUGAUCCAUCAAGUCUGCCGAAAUAUCCUCCAAGUAAGGAAUACGAUGCUAAGCUUCGAGAUGAAGAAGCUAGGAGGCAAAGAGCAGCUGCAGCCAAAGGACAUGAAUCUGAAACUGGACGCAGGAAGCAACUUGCAGCACAAAAUGGCACUAUCGAUUUACAGCAACGGCGAGUUCCGGUUAAUCCUAAAAGCAGUAGUAAUAAGUUUACUCCAAAGGAGGAUGGUGUUACCGGCUUUCCAAUGGAUCCUCUGGUAGUAGACAAUGGUCAUGCUCGCCAUGUUCCUUUGAUGAAUGCUGGUCGUUCAUCCUCCACUUUGGGUCGAUCAAGUGGCACAGAUCCAAACGGCCAGAGAUUCUACACCUCUCAGAUUGCUGCUGCUGAGAUGUCUAACCCAUCUACUGCAACUGGGCAGCGAGGCAAUACUGGUAAGCUGUCUAACCUUGGGGACAGCGCCAGGAAACAGUAUUUAAGAGAGCAUCGGUCGAGUUCAAGAUACAGUCAACUCGCUGCUGCCGACCAGUCUGACAAACCCAAAUGGUCGCAAUCGCAUCAAUUCCAAGAAAGGCCGUCAUCUUCCCAUCGGAAGGAUGAAGUGGUGGCAGAUAAGGAGCCUACGGGGGUGAAUGGCACAAGGAAGAACCGAAUCCAGUACUCAGGACCAUUGAUGCCUCCUGGGGUAAACAUGGAAGAGAUCCUUAAAGAGCACGAGCGGCAGAUCCAGCAAGCCGUGCGAAGGGCUCGUCUGGACAAGGGAAAGGGCAAGCACGCCGAGAGAGACCAGUCGGAGUCUCUGCUCUAUGCUGCCCAUAAUGGCAGGAUCGCCUCCUUGUACAUAGCCGUCGGCGGCAUCCCGGCCGCGCGUUCCGCCGUCGAGCAGGCGGCUGGGAAGGCGCGAGCUUUCCCCUGGAACCUGCUCAUAUGGAGCUACGCCGGCGACAGGCUGUGGAAAGACGUGGUCAUGGCGUAUGACAGGAUGCUGGCGCUGGGCGUGGACGCCGACAGGUACACGUAUCCGUCUCUGCUGCGCGCUUGCGGCGAGCUCGGAGAGGUCACCAUUGGCCGCAAGAUUGACCACCGUAUUCGGAGGAGUAGAUAUGAUCUGGACAUGUAUGUCUGGAACGCUUUGGUCGGGAUGUAUGUCAAGUGCGGGGAGCUAGAGGAUGCGCAGAGGGUGUUUGAUGAAAUGUCUGUCAGGGAUGUUGUCAGCUGGAACACAAUGGUGUCUGGCUAUGCAUCGGCGGGGAUGUGGGCCGAGGCGUUUCAGCUGCUUCAGCGGGUUCCUGGGGCAAACAUCGUGACGUGGAAUGCAGUUGCAGCAGGGAAUUUGAAGGCAGGGAACUAUGAUGAAGUGAUCAGGUUGUUGUCUCAGAUGAGGAAUCGCCACGGGCCAGGGGUGGACUCUGUGAGCGUGCUGAUUGGCCUCAAGGCGUGUGCUAAGAGUGGGUAUCUGAGGAUUGGCAGGGAGUUGCAUGGGGUGGCUGUUCGUCUAUACUUUGAAAGGCUCGAGUGUGUGGUAAACUCGUUGAUAACAAUGUAUUCAAGAUGCAGGAUGAUGAGCUCUGCUGUACUUCUGUUUACAAUGUGCUCAAUUCGGAGCAUCACAGCUUGGAAUUCAUUGUUAGCAGGAUUUGCAUUCAUGGACCAGGUUGAGGAAGCUUCUUUGCUCUUUAGAGAGAUGAUUGGCUCAGGGGUCUGUCCAAAUGAUGUUACUGUCUUGACAAUGCUCUCCCUUGUUGCACGGUUUGGACACCUCUGUCAUGGAAGGGAGCUGCACUGCUACAUCCUUAGACAUGGAUUGGGUGGUUCUAAAUUAUUGCAAAACUCACUUGUCGACAUGUACUCAAAGUCUAGACACAUGAGAGCUUCACGGAUAGUAUUUGAUCGGAUGGAAUGUCGAGACAAGCAUGCCUACACUUCAUUGAUUUUGGGAUAUGGAAUGCAAAGAGAGGGCCAUCUAUCACUGAAGCUCUUUGAUGAAAUGAUCGCCAACAGUAUAGAGCCCGACCAUGUAACCAUGGUUGCUGUUCUUUCAGCAUGUAGCUACUCUGGACUGGUCACUCAAGGGCAGCUACUAUUUGCCAAGAUGUUUGCUGUGUUUGGCAUUGCACCCAGAGUGGAGCAUUUUUCUUGCAUGGUUGAUUUGUACAGCCGUGAAGGUUUGCUGAAGGUGUCCGAGGAGAUAAUUGACAAGAUGCCGUUCCAGCCAACUGCUGCAAUGUUAGCGACUCUUAUUGAGGCUUGCCUGAUCCAUGGUAAUACAGAAAUUGGCAAACGAACUGCAAAGAAGCUGCUGGCAAUGAGGACAGACAAUCCUGGCCACUACAAAUUGAUCUCAAACACGUAUAUAUCAGCAAAAUGUUGGCCAGAGCUAGCUAAAGUUAGAUCAUUGAUGAGUAUGAUGGAUUUAACUAUGGUUCCAAGCCAUUCCUUGCUAGAAUCAGAAUAUGACAUAUGCCUAGUUGAGCAAGAUGAUGGCUUAAAUCAUGGUGCAUAUUGUGACUUGUCUGACCGCAUAACGGAUACUGAUUCGUCUAGUUGUGAGGAAGUGAAAAGCAGUGAAGCUUUCGGUGGAUAAUAGUUGGUUCUUCUUGGACCAUCUUCCUGUUAAGGCCAAGGUUUCCAGAGGUAACAUAUUGAUUUACAAACUGAUACUACCACAUCUUAUGACAUAGAAUUUUUUUUUUGCAUGCAUGCUCACAUUGAACUACUAGCUGGAAAUUAUUUUUGCAUGCCGUAUUAACGCACUGGGCAUUUGUAUCUCUUUUCCCAGCUUGAAACACUACAAUGACCGUAUAUUUGGAAUUUUAGUUGACUCCCUUAUUUGGGGAGUGAUCUGCAAAGAAGCUGAUGACAAUGAGGACAAACAAUACCGAUCACUAAAAAUUGACCUCAAACACUUAUACAUUAGCAAACUUUUUGCCAGAGCCAUCUUAAAGUUAGAGCAUUAAUCAGUAUGUUGAAGCCAAUUAUGGUCCCAAGUCAUUCCUUGCUAGAACCGGAAUUUGAUAUAUGCCCUAGCUGAGCAAGAUGAUUGCUUAAGCAUGGUAUGCAUCGUGGCUUGUUUGACCACAUUACAGGUACUGAUCCCUCUAUUAGAGAGGAAAUGAAGUGCAGUGAAGCUUUUGGUGGAUGCUCUUCUCAGACCAUGUUAACUUCUUAAAGAUUUUGCGAUGGUAUGCUUUCUUCAUAGGCUCCAGUCACCCUAGAAGUAAUGUCAUGAACUGUAAGCCAUGCGGUGAUUUAAGAGUUGGUGAAGCUGUAAAAUGUAUUAUAUAUGGGAAGGAGGCUUCCAGCCUAUGAUGGUCGGAAGAGCAUAUACAUGGCUGAUCCAUUGUCAUUUACUAAAGAAAAUAUCACAUCACUUGAUGAAGAUGAUGAUUCUGAUUUGGAGAGGUCUGCCCUUGAGACUUGCACAUCAACAUCAUUUGAUGGGUAGGGAGAAGCAUAAUAUAUUGACAGUACUGAUGGUCUUUUCUAUGAUCUAGGAGUCAGCGAACUGCAAAGGCAGUGAUUAAGUUCGCUGCAACAGCUGAUCUGCACCGUCUUGAGCAAAUUUUAGCUGGAGGAGGUAGGGGAUCAAAAAGCCUUGGAAGGUCUUGAUAUUGUCCUGCAUUAGCUGCCAGCAGCAAGGCACACACCGUUUGGUUGAUCCCUUUUCUUGCCUAACCUGGAGAGGAUACGAGGUGAAGGAUUAGAAAUCUGUGUGGGUUUAAUCAGAUCAUUCCGUCCUACUAAAAUAGGCCUUGUCAGUAUAUGCUGUAAAAAAUUCAAAGUUUCCCUUGGGUAUGUAUGUAUGCAAUACACUGUGAAGCCAGGGAGCCUGCAAUGAAA